AAGCGGUUGGUUGGGGCCGGUGGCGGCGGCGGCGGCGGCGGCCGAGGCGCAGCGGGGUCAGUUCUCUUUAGGGUUUGCCGAUGUUGGAGGCGUCUCCAAAGUGUCCCUGGGAACCAGUAAAAAUCAAUGGCACAAGUUAAAAUGCAGACUACACCAACCCACUCUGGACCUACCCUGCACCCAGCAAUACUAACCCCAUCAGUAACAACAAGUUCAACGGUUCUUCAGCCUCCAGUGAAUGGAUCUAUUCCAGAAUCAACUGUCGAUUGCAAUAAUUCUGCAACUGGUCUGGUGGAUUCUGUGCCUUCUAGUAACCCACAGGUUCCAUUGCAAGAUAACAUGGCAAACCCCAAAGAGAAAACUCCAAUGUGUCUGGUAAAUGAGUUAGCCCGUUUCAAUAGAAUUCAACCUCUAUAUAAGCUUCUGAAUGAACGAGGACCUGCUCAUGCCAAGGUGUUCAUGGUGCAGCUGACCCUUGGAGCUCAGACGUGGGAAGCCGAAGGAAGCAGUAUUAAAAAGGCUCACCACUCUGCUGCUGGCAAAGCUCUGAGUGAAACUACUCUCCCCAAACCAGCACCGAGACCACCCCAAAACAACGUUAAUAACAAUCCAGGCAAUAUUACCCCGACAGUAGAACUGAACGGUCUUGCUAUGAAAAGAGGAGAGCCUGCCGUCUAUAGGCCAUUAGAUCAAAAGCCCAUCCCAAACUACAGAGCAAAUUAUAACUUUCGAGGCAUGUACAAUCAGAGAUACCACUGCCCAGUGCCUAAGAUUUUCUACGUCCAGCUGACUGUGGGUGGGCAUGAGUUUUUGGGUGAGGGAAAGACUCGCCAAGCUGCUAGACACAAUGCUGCAAUGAAGGCACUUCAAGCUCUUCAGAAUGAGCCAAUUCCCCCCAAAUUACCUCAGAAUGGAGAGUCAGGUCAAAUGGAAGAGGAAAAAGAUGCAAACAAGUCAGAAAUCAGCGUAGUGUUUGAAAUUGCACUGAAGCGCAACAUGCCUGUCAGUUUUGAGGUAAUGAAGGAAAGUGGGCCACCACAUAUGAAGAGUUUUGUUACUCAAGUGUCCGUGGGAGAGUUCUCUGCUGAAGGCGAAGGAAAUAGCAAGAAACUGUCAAAGAAGCGUGCUGCUAUAAUUGUCUUGCAAGAACUUCGAAAGCUCCCUCCUCUUCCUGUGAUUGAAAAGCCAAAACUUCACUUUAAAAAACGUCCCAGAACCAUAUUAAAGACUGGACCAGAAUAUGGUCAAGGGAUGAACCCCAUUAGCCGACUUGCUCAGAUUCAACAAGCCAAAAGAGAGAAGGAACCAGAGUAUCUUCUUCUUUCAGAGAGAGGGAUGCCUCGUCGCCAAGAGUUUGUGAUGCAGGUCAAAGUGGGAAAUGAUGUCACAACAGGAACAGGCCCAAACAAGAAAAUAGCCAAAAGAAAUGCAGCUGAAGCUAUGUUGCUACAGCUUGGCUACAAGGCCUCUUCUCCACUUCAAGAACAGCCAGAUAAGCCAGGAGAUAUCAAGCGAUGGAAUGGCCAAAAUGUUGGAUAUCCUGAACCAAUGAGUAACACACCAAAAGGAAUUCUCCACCUUUCUCCCGAUGUUUAUCAAGAAAUGGAAGCCAGCCGCAACAAAGCACCACCUGGUACCCCUGUAAACUGUUUGUCCUCCAAGGAAAUGAGUCAAACAUCUAGUUGUUUCUUCAGCAUGUCUUCUGCCACUAAUAGUACAGCUACAAUUGCCAGGGAACUGCUCAUGAAUGGAACAUCCCCAACUGCUGAAGCUAUAGGUCUAAAAGGAAUGUCACUCAUGUCUCCUUGUUCAACAGUGCAGCCUUCAAAACAGCUGGAAUAUCUAGCAAGGAUCCAAGGCUUUCAGGUACACUACAGUGACAGACAAAAUGACAAAGAAUGCACGACCUAUUUGACACUGUCUCCUGUGCAGAUGACUUUCCAUGGUACUGGAACCUCUACUGAAGCCAGCCAUGACCAGGCAGCUUUAAGUGCCUUGAAACAGUUUUCAGAACAAGGACUGGAUCCAGUGGAAGAAACAGUGAAAGUUGAAAACAGUUCAUUUGAAAAACAAGUCAAGCAUCUGGGAGAAAACGCAGACAAUAAACAGACUAACUCAGGCACCAUUGCUCAAGACUGCAAGGAUUCAAAGGCUGUCGUCUAGGAGCUGCCCAGCACCCGUGGCUGCCACUGCAUCCUUAUAAACCUGUCAACACGCAAUAGGGUGUAUGUGUACAAGGAAAUGAAUGACUAAUACCAUUAUUUGAGUCUUAUGUGAAGACAACACUAUUCUAACGCAAGAUAUAGUAUGCAUGGAACUGUUUAUUGAAUGAGGGGAUAAUACAUACAAUAUUGACUGUUUCCCCUCCAAGCCUAAACAUCUAAAAAUAAAUAAUUCAGACUGCUUCAGAGGUAGAGAACAUCCAGCGAAACCACCAGAGUGUUAAACAGCAAGUAAGGGCAUAAUCCUUUGCAUGUUUAGGCAGUGGAAAGUCCUACAACUCCCAGCGAUCUCCAGCCAGGCAUGCUGGGAAUUAUAGGACUUUCCACUGCCUAAACAUGCAUAAGAUUGUGCCCUAACUAAAUAAUACUUGGAGAGAGCGAGUUAACUUUACAGUUGAUUAAUACUCUGGAGGAAAUGAAAAGUCAACAUUUGGUUGAGUUAUAUGACUUUUUUGUAGUGUAGAAUGAGUUCUGCUUUCCUUUCCUUUUAUCUUCAUUACUAUUAUGCUUGAAUAUUUUAAAAAUGGAUCAAUGACAGUGCUGUGAGAGUUGUAGUUGUUGUCUUCAUAUACAAUCAUACAGCUUCUCUUUUUAUGCCAAUAGUAUGCGUUCUUCAUAGUCUUACAGAACACAUGCUGGCUGUAAGAUGCACUGUGCCAAGUUGUUUGCAAAUCGAAGUUUAAAUCAUGAUAACUAUUUGCUUAGAUAUUAAUGACCAAUUGCAGUUGACUCCAAGAGAAAGCAGUGAUGGUAUUUGAUUUCCCUUGCCAUGUGUUGACUCAUGAGGCGCCUUGCCUCCAAGGAACACUUCCCGCCCAUCAGUUUAUGUGAAACACAUUUACACCCCAUUCUGUGUUUUGUAUUGACCCACCAUUGGCAUCAACUGAGUGUUUUAAUAACUGCAUUCUCAGCAAGAAUAGUAGAACAGAAUGGAAACAUCUCUACGAAGACAGCUGGAAAGUGAUAGAGCAGAUACGUAAAAAUGACAGUGUUGGUAGAGAUGAGAAUUUGCACUUGAAUUCUGUACCAGCAUAUUGGAAUUAAGUAAGUGGCCAAUGCAGUAAAACCACAUCAGUUCCUGUGUACAAUGCUUGUGUCAUCUCUUCCUUGUUUUGUAAAUAGCACAAGUCAAGCUUGCCAUUUAUCACUUGGUAUUAACCAGAAUCAGGCUAGAUCUACACUACUGCUUUAUAGUGGUACUGAAGUGCACUAAUAACUCUUGGGGCACAUUACACAUUCCAUAUACCACUUUCAUCAUGUUAUUCCGUGAUUUUUAUUCCACAUUAUCCAAAAUACCACAACAAAUGUCACUGUGUGUCCUACAAGGUAUAAAUGCGCAAGAGGGAUAGAGCAUUGACAUGACAGAAUUGUAUUGAUUUGUCACAAGAUGUUGAUCUGGCCA